GCAGACCGUUUAAAAUCUCCCUCGGCUCGACUUUCCUACUGUUCGGGCAUCGAAGGCAGCAUGAUACCUUCACGGUCCCGACUCGGUUCGCAGACCGGCGCCCCGUGCCCAGCUGCUCCCGGUGACGAGGCGCAGGAGCAGGGCCAGAGGAAGAGAACCUUCUGCCUGGACAAGACGAAGACCCGCAGGCUCCGCAGGGAGCGAACCGAAGCCGCCGCGAAGAACAACAACAUCUCUCCGUUUGUGAUCCGCUGCCAGAUCGGAAAAGAGAUCAAACACAUCUGCAGCAACUGUCGAGGAGCCGAGCCUCUGGAUGCGGAGGAUGUGGAGCGGCUGGCGUCGAUGCGCUCUGAUUCGCUGGUACCCGGAACCCACACGCCUCCCAUCCGCCGGCGGAGCAAAUUUGCCACUCUGGGACGCCUGUUUAAACCCUGGAAAUGGAGGAAGAAGAAGAGCGAGAAGUUCAAGCAGACCUCUGCAGUGCUGGAGAGGAAGAUGUCUACUCGCCAAAGCAGAGAGGAGCUGAUCAAGAAAGGGUUCUUAAAGGAGGUUUAUGAGAAAGAUGGAACAUCCUCUCCGGGUCUUAGGGAGGAGGUGAAGAUGGAGAACGGUCGCACCCCCGUGCUCGGCGCAAUCCCAUCUGAACCCGAAGGUCCUGAACUGAUGGAAGGAGCGACGGCCGCUGUAGCCGGCAGUCUGGAGAUUCAGAUGCAAAGUGAGGGCACGGGUCAACAGGACCUGGCCCACAACUCCAGCCCGACUCCGGCCGCAAAGUCCUCCGCGGCGUUUCCCGCGGACGGGUCAGAAUCUCCCCUCUCAAGGCCUCCGACGUUGCACAAACAGCCGCCUGCUCUUCCGCCCAAACCUUUCGGCCGACUUCCCAAUCACAUCACAGACGGCACCCCCGUGAAGCUGCCGUGCAUGUCGACCAAGCUGUCUCCUCCUCUACCUCCGAAGAAGCUCCUGAUAGCGGUUCCCGCGGGGAGCUUGGAGCCCUCUCCGCUCGCCUUCCAGAAGUGCCCGGCUCAACCCAGCCACGCCGCGCUGGGCGGACACUCGCUGCAGUACGGGGCCCUGCCGGUAGCCAUGCACCCGCCCAGCCGGAUCAUAGAGGAACUCAACAAGACGCUCGCCCUCACCAUGCAGAGGUUUGAGAGUUCCAUGAUGCACGCUGUCCCCACCAUGAUGAUCGACUGCGACGAUGAUAAAGAAAAUCUCCCGAAUGAGGCGGACUACGAGGAGCUGCCUGGCAUGUACAGGGACGAGGAAGAAGAGGAGGAGGAGGAGGAUGAAGAAGAAGAAGAAGAGGAGGAGGAGGAAGAAGAUGAUGACGAAGAAGAGGAUGAUGAGGAAGACGAUGAUACACUGCUUACAAGCACGCUGGCCAUGAAGGUUUUACGAAAAGACUCUCUGGCCAUCAAGCUCAGUAACCGUCCGUCACAGAGGGAGCUGCAAGAGAAGAACAUCCUGCCGAUGCAGUCGGACCAGGAGCGUCUGGAAUUCCGGCAACAAACCGCCACCAAACUCACCAGGCGGUUGAGUCAGAGGCCGACGGCAGAAGAGCUGGAACAAAGAAACAUUCUCAAACCUCGAAAUGAUCUGGAGGAGCAGGAGGAGAAAAGGGAGAUCAAGAGACAUUUAUCCAAAAAGCUCAGCAACAGGCCCACAGUUGAGGAGCUGAGGGAGGCCAAGAUCCUCAUCCGAUUCAGCGACUACGUGGAAGUCGCUGAGGCUCAGGACUACGACAGGAGAGCAGACAAGCCAUGGACCCGGCUGACGGCAGCCGAUAAGGCUGCCAUCAGAAAAGAGCUUAAUGAGUUUAAAAGCACAGAGAUGGAGGUGCACGAGUCGAGCCGCCAUCUGACCAGGUUUCAUCGGCCGUAAUCAGCACAGUUCCACUCCAGCCAUGUUUUUAUACCGUUACCUGCUGAUCGGCAUCAACCCAUUUGAGUCAGGAGACGGGGGGGGGCAAAAACUUUCAGAUAGGAGAGUGUGGGGGCAAAAAACACAAACAAACUCAAAACUGUUGUUUUCCCUCAGCGGGAAUUUUAAUGACUUCUUGAUAUUCAAAAGCUUUUAACUGUCAUUUUUUAUGAUGAAAAGAAGGAAGUAUUUUAUUUAGCCACAUUUCUGAUGUUUGGAGAUCCGUGACAAGUUUGUGGAAGAAAACAGGGAUUUUGUUUUUGUUUUUAAUUUUUUUUGUUCACUCAAUCCUGAAACUUGAGCCAAACUGAAAUCAGAAUUGAAAACCAAAAGUAAUCCCAGAUAUCUGAUUUUUUUUUUUUUUUUUAACACAUCACAGAGUUCAGUCAUCUGCUGUGUCACUGUGCCUACAGUGUUGUUUACAAAUCAUUUUGAGUUGCCAAAUGACAUUUUAAAAUUGAAUAUUAGAUAUUGACACAGUAAAGAGUCCCUGAACUCUGCCACACGUUUAACUGGCUGGGACCGGCCUUUUUAGAGAACAAAACCCAGGAAACCUGCCACCUUACAGCUCAAACUGAAUCCACAAAUUUGUACUUCUGACUGUAUUAUUGAGGAUUUAUUUAACUGUGUGUGUGUGAGUACAAGUGCGAGAGUCGGUAUUCCUGCUGCCUCUUAUGUUUUGAAACUGUUGUGAGAGGAAAAUAUUCUCAGACUUUAAAGAGGAUGUAUAUAAAAUGAAAGGAUUUUCAAAUGUUCCUUUUUGUAAAUGGAGAACUGCAUGUUGAUACUAAUUUAUUGUGAGUCUUCGAUGAUGUAUGGCAUUUUUUAAACAAAAGGAAACUUAUUAAAAAAAA